GAUAAAACAUUGCUGGGGGCAUUAGUAGAUUUAUCAGAGAAAUAUAAUCUUUAAAGAGCACAAAAUAUAUUAUAAUGUUUUAUUUAUGGAAGUGUAAUCGUUAUAUUAGUUCUACUCUAUUUUGUACUAAUAUAAUAUUUUUACAUGAUAAAGAUACAUAUACAGAUUCAAGGAAGGACAAAAAUUGUUUAAAUCAUUACUAUCUCUUCAGGAUACAAUUAUUGAAAAAUAGUGAUCAAUCCUUUAACAUUAGUUUUAAUACAUUUCCGCAACUUCGUUUGACAAAACGAAUUUUAAUAAUCAUAUAAUUUCAAUAAUCAUAUCAUUAUAAAACAACAAAUCAUUAAGGCCUAAAUCCACAUUCCUUGCUCAUAAAGACCCGUUGAACAAGUCUUCAUGCAACGCACAAAGCAAAAUAAAACAACAUAUCAAAUGUGUGCAUACAAUGGUCAGUAUUGAUACGAUUUAUUGAUUUUAUCUUUACCUGAAUAAAUUUUAAAAAUUCACAGCAGUCAGUCGCAUAAAGUGGUUACAAAGAAAACAAAAAAGUGUAAAGAGAAAGUACAAGGAAGUGAUGCAACGAAAAAGAAAAGGCUCCGAUUUAUAACGAUCUAUGAUUGUUCAGAGUGUUUAGAAAUGAGUAAUUUUUGAUGUAUAUCAUCGCAAAGUAGAUUGUGUAGAGAGUGACUAUACAACAUAAAUAGCGAUAAUUUAGUAGAUAAAUCUACCAGAGUUUAGAUAACGAGGCACGGAGAGUUGAAACUACUUUCUGUAUCAAGUCCAGUUCAGUAUUUUCACAUCAGCCUCCGAGUAAGACAGUAGAUCUCGCAAUGAGUAAUAUUUCAGAGAACAAAGUGAUUAAUUUUGGUGCCGGACCAGGCAAACUUCCGGAACAGGUAUUAAAACAAGUACAACAAGAAUUGCUCGCCUAUGGUAAUACUCAAAUCAGUAUUUUGGAAUUGAGUCAUAGAUCAGCUGAGUUCAAAAGCGUUAUUGAAAAUGCACAAGCAACGUUGCGAGAAAUACUGCACGUACCCGACAAUUAUAAAAUUCUGUUUAUGCAAGGGGGUGGUACAGGUAUAUUUGCCGCUGUUCCUUUAAAUAUGAUGGCAACUGAUACCGCAGACUACUUAGUAACUGGCACAUGGUCGGCCAAAGCGGCUAAAGAAGCGGCCAAGUAUGGCAAAGUGAAUUUGGUCUUGCCACAAACUACGAAAUACACGGAAGUUCCUGACCCAUCUACUUGGAACCUGGAUCCCAAUGCGUCUUAUGUUUACUAUUGUGCAAAUGAAACAAUUCACGGAAUCGAGUUUAAUUAUAUCCCUGAAACGAACGGAGUACCACUGGUCGUUGAUAUGUCAUCGAAUAUACUUACAAGACCUUUCGACGUUUCGAAAUUUGCUGUAAUAUUUGCUGGCGCACAGAAAAACAUCGGUCCGGCUGGUGUGACUCUCGUGAUAGUGAGAGAUGAUGUUCUCGGUCAUGCUUCGAAGUUCUGUCCAAUAAUGUUCGAUUUCACUGUUAUGGCAGCUGAUAACUCUAUACAUAAUACACCACCGGUAUUUCAAAUAUAUGUAGUUGGGCUAGUUUUCAAAUGGAUCAAAGAACACGGUGGUGUUGAGGGGAUGGAGAAACUGGCAAUUGCUAAGAGUCAAAAGAUAUACGACGUGAUCAACAAAUCAAAUGGUUUCUAUUCAUGUCCAGUUAAAUCCGACGUAAGGAGUAGAAUGAAUGUGCCAUUUAGGAUAGGCAAAAACAAUGAACAAUUAGAAAAAGAGUUUCUAUCCGGUGCGAGUACACGCGGAAUGCUUCAAUUGAAAGGUCACAGAUUAGUAGGUGGAAUUCGAGCGUCUAUAUAUAAUGCUGUUACUGUAGAGGAAGUAGAAGUAUUAGCAAAAUAUAUGAUGUGGUUCUAUGAAAAAUAUAAUAAAAAUUAGGAAAUUAAAAUAUAUUUACUGGAAACAUUAUUUGGUUAAGAAUAACUUGUAUGUAUGUAUAAGAUAUAUAGAAUAGCAUUACAAGAUCUGUCAACCUUUCGUAUAUCUUAUAAAAUUUGUAUGUCAGUAAAAAAUAUAUCUAAUAUAAAAGCUUU